AUGGACAAAUUAGUGAACUUCCUGCACUUCUUCCGGCUGCCUCUUCUUCUUCUUCUACUACUUGCACUCAUAUGCUCAAUGUCGCAUCAUGGCCAUGUCGCAGCCUCCAAAUCGACUGUCGAAUACCUUCCCGGAUUCCAAGGUCGACUCCCAUUUUACCUCGAGACCGGGUAUAUAGGAGUUGGGGAAGCUGCAGGGUUGUUCUACUACUUUGUGAAGUCGGAAGGGAAUCCUGAAGCUGACCCUCUCCUUCUCUGGCUCACUGGCGGCCCUGGCUGCUCUGGCCUCACCGGUCUUGCCUUGGAAAUUGGUCCCAUCAAAUUCAACGAGAGCUUGCCAACUUUGAUCCUCAACCCAUUUUCCUGGACUAAGUUUUCGAGCAUCAUUUUUCUGGACUUGCCUGCUGGGACUGGAUUCUCUUACACAACAAACCCAUCUCUUGCUGAUCAUCCGAGUGACCAUGUUCAAGUUUCUCAAGCUGCAGAGUUCAUCAGAAAAGGGAUUCCUACGCAGGCAUUACUGUUCCACCCAUUGUCCAACGACUUUCCAUUGGGGUACAUACUUGGGAACCCAGGAACAAGUGGUGAAUUCGAUAAGAACGCCCGAAUCCCAUCUGCACAUGGGAUGGCGCUCAUUUCUGAUGAACUCUACGAGUCACUUCACAAAAGCUGCAAGGGAGAGUACCACAUAGUAGAUCCUACCAACUUGGAAUGUAAGAACAACUUAGAGGCUUUCUAUGAGUGUCUCUCGGGUAUAAACAUGUUUAACCCGCUGGAUCCACAAUGCAUUUUACAUCAAAUGCCAGUGGAGAUUGCUGCCCUAAGAAGAAGAAGAAGAAGAAGAUUGUUGCAGGACGAGUCUCGACUGUUAUCGACCAUCGAUCCGCCUGAACUCGACUGCAAGUAUGACAUCAAUCUACUCUGCAAACAUUGGGCCAAUGAUGAACUAGUCCAGAAAGCGCUUCACAUAAGAAAGCCUGGAUUCGAGCUCUCAAUAGCUCCAUCGUGGAGGAUUGGAGAUCAUGGCACGUUGGAGGCCAAGUUGCAGGGGCGGUUCGCAUAUCCCUCCGACUAA